AUGUCUGGUAGAGGAAAAGGUGGUAAAGGUUUAGGAAAAGGUGGUGCUAAAAGACACAGAAAGAUCUUGAGAGAUAAUAUCCAAGGUAUAACAAAACCAGCUAUCAGAAGAUUAGCAAGAAGAGGUGGUGUUAAGCGUAUUUCUGCCUUGAUUUACGAAGAAAUCAGAGUUGUUUUAAAACAAUUUUUGGAAAAUGUCAUCAGAGACGCUGUUACAUAUACUGAACACGCAAAGAGAAAGACGGUUACUUCAUUGGAUGUAGUCUAUGCAUUAAAGAGACAAGGUAGAACCUUUGGAGCAGCAUUGACUCUGCUCGAUAGUGCCGAUAGUGGAGCAGCAUUGACUCUGCUCGAUAGUGCCGAUAGUGGAGCAGCAUUGACUCUGCUCGAUAGUGCCGAUAGUGGAGCAGCAUUGACUCCACGCCAUAGUGCCGAUAGUGUUGCUAUUAAGUGCUGCUCCACUAUCAAUCCCUUUCCUUUUCUGGAGUUGGACCUGUGCUUGUUUUUUCUCAUCAUCCAAUACUCAUUCGAGUUGAAACAUAUAUAG